AUGGAUUUGUCUAAUAAAUUAAAGAGGGGAGGGGAAGGAGAAGAGAAUGAAACCCUUUAUUUAGAAUGCAAAUGCAAUUCCAUUAUCCCACAUAGAUUCAAUCCCUCAAAAAUGGCUUUAGAAGAAUCACAAGAACAUAACCAGCUUCACUUUCUUGUUAUACCCAUGGCAUCCCCAGGCCAUUAUAUUCCCACCAUUGACAUAGCCAAGCUACUAUCUCAACAUGGUGUCCGAGUCACCUUCAUCACCACCCCUGUAAACGCCCUAAGAUUCGGAUCCAUUCUUGAUCAAGCAAUCAAAUCAGGACUUCCCAUCCACUUUCUUGAAUUCCCAUUUCCAUCUAUGGAAUUUGGAUUACCAGAAGGCUGUGAGAGCUUAGAUACUCUCCCUAGUUUCAACUUGAUUGGAUCACUUUUUCAAGCCUAUAAUACACUACAAGAAAGAGUCGAACAAUAUAUAGAAAACCUGAAUCCUAAACCAAGUUGCAUAGUAUCCGACUCGUUUCUCCUAUGGCCAGCUGAAACAGCAAAAAAGUUUCAGAUUCCAAGGAUUAUAUUCGAUGGAAUGAAUUGCUUCACACAGAUGUGUAACCAUGUUUUGUACCUCACUAAGGUAUAUGAAACUGUGGGUGAGUUGGAAUCAUUUGUUUUACCUGGUUUGCCUGAUCGUAUCGAACUAACAAGAUCCCAACUACCUAUCGUAUUCAAUUCAGGCUCAAAAAAUUUAGAUAUUUUUCAUGAAAAGCUUCGGAUAUCUGAAUCCGAAGCAUAUGGAGUAAUCAUAAACAGUUUCCAGGAGUUAGAACAAGGAUACGCGGAUGAAUAUCAGAAACUCAAAGGAGGUAAAGUUUGGUGCAUAGGGCCAUUAUCGUUAUGUUACAAAGAUGUAUCAGAGAAAGCCCAAAGAGGUAACAAGUCGUCGAUUAACAAAAACGAAUGCCUCAAGUGGCUAGAUUCUCAAGAAAAUGGUUCGGUGAUCUAUGCAUGUUUAGGAAGUGUUAGUCGUGUUGAACCUACACAACUAAUUGAGCUUGCUUUAGCUCUAGAAGCAACUAGAAGGCCAUUUAUUUGGGUAGUACGGGCAGGUCAUAAGACGCAAAAGAUAGAAGAAUGGAUAGAUGAAGAGGGGUUUGAAGAGAGAACAAAAGAGAGAGGUCUAUUGAUCCGUGGGUGGGCUCCACAAGUGUUGGUUUUGUCCCACUCUGCGAUUGGAGGGUUCUUGACACACUGUGGGUGGAAUUCGACUCUAGAAGGAGUGUGUGCUGGUGUUCCCAUGGUGACAUGGCCUCAGUUUCAAGAGCAGUUCUUGAAUGAGAAGUUGGUUGUACAAAUGUUGAGGAUUGGAGUUAGUGUUGGUGCUCGAGAUGUUGUCCAUUUGGGUGAUGAAGACAAGUCGGGAGUGGGAGUAAAGAGGGAGGAGCUGAGGAAGGCUAUAGAGAUGGUGAUGGAAGAAGGGAAAGAAGGAGAAGAGAGAAGAAAGAGAGCUAAAGAACUAAGUGAGAUGGCAUCUAAAGCAAUAGAAGAGGGAGGAUCUUCUCACGGGAAUAUAACACGAUUAAUCGAAGAUAUCAUGCAACAAGCCACUAGUAGGAAAUUAUAA